ACUAGAAUGAGAAAGCUUCCAAACCAUGACAUAGUGUAUUAAUUGUUGUUUUCUGGCGUGUGGGGCUCUCAGUAACGUCUUUUAUUUCAGCCCUUUCGCUCAUGUUUGUUAACCUCUCGCUUUCUUCACUGCUGUUUCCAUUGAUGCCUUUUCAGUUCCCUCCCUCUUCUGUUUGGCACUUUCAGUUUUGUUUGUGUCACUUGUGCAGCGUUAUAAUUGCUAUGACAAAACCCAAUGUAAUUGAAACACAAGCCUGCAGUUGCAGGCUUUGCUGACAUUUGUCAACCUUUUGGGGACCCGUCUUGACCUUUUACGACGAGUAUUGUUUUGGGUCACACUUUCCUCAUGAAUUCGGUUUCAGCUACUUUCAGUUACUGACUAUGUUUCCUGAAUUUCGCCAAGUGAUGUCCAGCUGAUUUGGGAUUUGUUUAUGUUGUUAAUUAACUCAAAAGAUUCUGUCUUUUGCGUCAGACAUUCUUCCCUUAUUUUAGCUCAAGUUGUUAGCCAUUGGAGAAGCUAUUGAUUCACUCCAUUUUGGUGGAGUUUGGACUCUUACAUGGCAAGUGAUAAGUGAAAAUUAGACCCUUUUUGGGAUUUUAUGUUUUGCGGUUGCGGAGCUCUGUUUUGAGGAACAAAAGUGAGGUUGCUCUCUUGGUUUUGUGGAGUCUGAUGAUCAGAAUAUGUUUUCCUGAAGUGGUCGUUCCAUUGGGAUAUUUGAGAUGAAUCUGAAGCAAAAGAGUGUGAAAGGUAGAGUCUUGGGUGUUUCGGAGAGAGUUGUGCUUGUUGCCGUCAAAUUUUCGUUGGAUAUCCGAAGAAAUGCUUUACUCUGGGCUUUAACUCAUGUGGCUCAACCCGGGGAUUGUGUUAAGCUGUUGGUGGUCAUUUCUCCUCACGGCUCAAGCAAGAAGUUGUGGGGUUUUCCAAGAUUCCACAGUGAUUGCGCUGUUGGUCAUGGCCAUGGGGCUCUAGGUACAAGAUUGGAUCAGAAAGAUUAUAUUACAGAUUCAUGUGCCCAAAUGAUGCUUGAACUUCAUCAAUAUUACGAUCCAGAUAGAAUAAAGUUGAAGGUAAAAGUAGUUUCUGGGUCCGAACUUGGAGUAGUGGCUGCUGAAGCCAAGAAAGCACAAACACAAUGGGUCAUAUUGGAUAAAGGAGUAAAGAAGGAGGCCAAAUGUUGCAUGGACCAACUCGACUGCAACGUCGUGGUGAUGAAGAAGUCUCGUCCAAAAGUGCUUCGUCUGAAUUUGAUUGGAACAUCAAGUAUUGAAGCUGUUGGGCUCUCUGGGUCUGAAGCAUAUGAAAUGCAUGUUGAAAAGGACUCUGAUCGGUGGAAUGCCACUCAGGUGCCAAAUGUGACUCCAGUGAGCAGUCCAGAGCAUACAUCAUUCACUGCUACUGAUAUUGAGGCAUCAUCAAAAUCAAGCUUAGACCUGGGCAGCUCUCCAAAGUUUAUCUCUGAAAUUGACUGGAGGCUAAAGAAGGAUUGGUUUUCCUAUCACAAAGACAAUCACGAUGUAGAUGAAUCAGAUUCUGACACAGAUAGCGAGAAGUUGACGUCUCCUUCCACAAGUGUGAAUUCCCACCAAUGGGUGGCAGACAUUCUUAGUUCAGCCCAAGAAUAUUCGAAGUAUUGUAAAAAAAAUUUUCAGAAUUUCAAUAGAAUGCUGAAUCCCACAUUCGAGUCCUUAGAUAGGAAAAUCUCUGUACCUGAUCGAGAGACCGAAGUUGGAGUUCCAAAACAUGGGCUAGAUGUGGACUUGAGUGCAAAUGUGAGAGACGCAAUUUCACUAACUACCAAAUCACCUCCCGAUCCUCCUCCACUUUGUUCAGUAUGUCAGCACAGAGCACCUGUGUUUGGAAAACCUCCAAGGUGGUUCACUUAUGCUGAGCUUGAACAAGCUACGGGUGGAUUCUCACAAGCUAAUUUCUUGGCUGAGGGUGGAUAUGGUUCUGUACACCGUGGAGUCUUACCGGAUGGGCAGGUAAUAGCUGUGAAGCAACAUAAAACAGCCAGCACUCAGGGUGACCGUGAGUUUUGCUCGGAAGUAGAGGUCUUGAGCUGUGCACAGCAUCGUAAUGUUGUAAUGCUGAAUGGAUUUUGUGUGGAAGGUGGAAGAAGGUUGCUGGUUUAUGAAUAUAUCUGCAAUGGCUCUUUGGAUGCUCAUCUUUAUGGCCGUAAACCUAAUCCAUUAGACUGGUCUGCACGUCAUAAAAUUGCAGUUGGGGCUGCUAGAGGACUGAGAUAUCUUCAUGAAGAGUGCAGAGUGGGCUGUAUUAUCCAUCGUGACAUGCGGCCGAAUAAUAUUCUUCUUACUCACGAUUUUGAACCACUUGUUGGAGACUUUGGACUAGCAAGGUGGCAGCCUGAUGGGGAGAUGGGCUUUGAAACAAGAAUAAUUGGAACAUUUGGAUACUUGUCUCCAGAAUAUGCUCAGAGCGGUCAAAUCACUGAAAAAGCUGAUGUAUAUGCCUUCGGUGUAGUUCUGAUAGAGCUGGUCACAGGAAGGAAGGCUGUGGAUAUAAAUCGGCCCAAGGGUCAACAGUACCUCACUGAGUGGGCACGCCCUCUUCUGGAAGAGUAUGCUAUUGCAGAACUAAUUGACCCCCUUCUGAGGAGCUGCUACUCGGAGCAGGAGGUUAAAAGCAUGCUGCGUUGUGCUUUCUUGUGCAUACAACGAGACCCCCAUUCACGGCCCCGCAUGUCUCAGGUUCUUCGGAUGCUGGAAGGUGAUGGUUUCAUGAACUAAGCAACAAACAUACUCCCCGGUGAAACAACCAGAAUACCCCAUGGCGCUGCCUCCUAAUCAGAAAUAAACAAGGACAAAGGCAAGAGUAAAAAUCUUCAUCAAGAAAGCAGCCUGAUGACAUUUGCAUAACUCUCGUGUUAAGCUCUCCUUCAGAUGAUGAUCAAAGGACAGCUUAUGAAGGUGUCUUCAGGUGUCUUCUGUGAGAAGCGGAAAUGAUGCCAAAAAUGCAGCAUCAUUGCUCUUUCCCGUGACAAAAAAUGCAUGGAAUAUUUGUAGCUGUGAAAAUUAUUCGUCCAGCCUAAUGAUUUUUGUAUUUAGAUUAUUAUUAUUAUUGUUGUUGGUAGCGGUGGUGGUGGACAUUUUUUAUUGGUACUUUUUUAUUUUUUGUAUUGAUAAAGAGAACGGAGUUUCAAGGUUUAGAAAAUGGCGAUGACAUUUAUGUUUGGAUAGCAAAUUAUUUAAACAAAUUUAUCUGCUUGCAUUAUAAA